AUGAUAAUUCUCUUUAUUAUAAUCACUCUAACUCGUCAAACUAUCAUUAAUGAGUUUAAUGCUAAUUCUUAAGCAAGAGAUGGUAAUUUCUUUAUUUUUACUUUAGGAUGGGAAGGUAGUUCUAAUUUCAAUACUUGUGGAGAGAUUCAAUUUUUUGGGUCACCUAAUGCUUAUAGUUAGAUUAGCAGAAUCUUUUUGGAUCUAGAACCUCAUUCUCAUAUUAUAGUGGAUGCACAAUAUCUAAGGUAUUUAAUAUUUUUCAUUGCAAAGUAUUGGUGCCUUUUAUUUAAUUUAAUUCUAUAUAGACUUGCAAUUAUAAAAUAUUGUGUAAGUGAUAUCAUCUUAAAGUUCGAUAUGUAGUGGCAUAGACCCUACAGAUUUGUAUACUAUUUCUAUUACUAAUUAACAUAAUAGAGGAACUCUUUGGAUUAAUAUUUAAGAGUAACCUGGAGGAUUAAUAUCAUUAAAGUUAAGUAUCAUUAAAUGUUAGUAUGAAUGUGCUGGAUGCAUUGAAAAUUAUGAUACAAUUUGUUUAUAAUGGAAACUACAUUAAUAUUCAUUUAAUUAGAAAUAGUUCACGUACUCCGAUGGAUGGACUUUUUAAUCAAGUUCUAUUACAUCUUACUAGUAUUGUGGAAAUUGUUAAUUUUUGCGCUUUUAUUAAAUUAAAUACUAAACUUAUCUACCUCCUCAUUAAGAUAUAUUAAUAAGGUUUUUUAAAUUAGAUCCAUUUAUAAUGAUAGUAGACUAUAUAUAUGAUAAAUUAACUAUUAAUGCUGAAUAUUUAAUAGAAAUAUUAAUAAGAAAUCAUCGUGAUCCGAUAUUAUAACUGAAUAUUUAUUCUGCAUUUUAUAAUGAUAUAAGAGAUUUUGAACUAUUUUAUACUGAACCAGAAAUAACAUUUAAGAAUUUGAAUGAAGGUUGUUUAGAAUAAAUAAAUGAUAAAUGUUUAAUUUGUUAAGAAGGUUGGAUUUAAGAUGAAUUUCUAGAAAAUUGUCAUCCAAUUUGUGGAGAUGGAAUCAUUCAAGGUUAAGAAUAAUGUGAUUAUAUAAUAUCUAAUCAUUCUUGUAUUCAAUGCAAAUAUUCUUGUGUUCAAAAUUGUUAAAUUUGUUAAUUUGGAAUUUGUUUAUAAUGCAUAGAUGGAUUUAUAAUUAAUUCAAAUUUUACUUGUGAUCCUUUUUGCGGAGAUGGCAAUUUGAUCCCUUAUUCAGUUGAAUAAUGUGAACUGACUGUUAAUGGUGUGUGGGAUGGUUGUUAGGAUUGUAGAUUUAUUUCAAUAGCUAAUUGUAAAACUAACUAUUUUUCAAUUUGUUUUGAGUGCGAAGUAGGAUUUUAAAUGUUAGAAAAUGUAUGUUUUCCAUAUUGUGGAGAUAAGUUAGUUCUAUAAUAAUAUGAGGAUUGCGAUGAUGGAAAUUUUGAACCUUACGAUGGUUGUUUUUAAUGCAAGUUUUAAUGCAUUGAAGAUUGCAAUAUAUGUGAUCGAGGAUAAUGCAUUUUAAAAUGUGGAAAUGGAUAUGAGUUUGUUAAUAAUAAUUGUCUCUCUGUUUGUGGCGAUUAAGUUGUCACAAAAGAGGAAGAUUGUGAUGAUGGUAAUAUGAUAAAAUUUGAUGGUUGUUUUCAGUGUAAGUAUUCUUGCCCAGAAAAUUGUUAUGAUUGCUAUUAAGGUACUUGUUUAGAGUGCAUAGAUUAAUACUAAUUGCUAGUUUCAAAUUAAUGCAAAUAAUAAUUAAAUUGUGGAGAUGGUUUGGUCUAGGAAGAAGAGGAAUGCGAUGAUGGUAAUUAUUAUGCAGCCGAUGGAUGCAAGGAUUGCAUAAUUGAAUAAAAUUGGGCUUGUAUCACAAUUAUAAAAGAUUCUCCUAGCUAAUGUACAUUCGUCAAAGCUCCAAACCUAUUUAUUCAUUAUCUCAAUAUGACUUAAAAUAAAUAAUAUAUCAGCAUCUAAUUUACUUAAUAAGUAAAAAUAUAUACACCUUAACCCUUAUCAGAAACUUUGAAAUUUGAAUUACCAGAUAUAGACAAGCAGAACUGGAAUAGUCGCUUAUAUAUAAUUUAGGAUGUUGGAUCAUAUUUGAGUUUUGGAGAAUAUAUUGUUCAAAUAGAAGUUUACUAAUUACUAAAAUUUAGACCGCUCUUGAAAAUCUUGGUGAAUCAGAAAGUUGCUAAUAUAGAUAAUGCAAUUUUGGUAGAUUUAGAAGAAUAAAUAACAUUACAAUAUCCAAAUUAUUUAGAUUAGACUCAGAAGGGUUAUUCUUAAAGUUUAAAGAGUCUAAAUCAAUAUUUAAUUUAUAGCUUAUCAGCGAUUACUAUUCUAAGCAUGCUAUUGGGAAGUGGGGAUUUGUUUAUUGAGAUUUUAGCAAUCCUUUAAUUUUAGUAAUACUUAAGAUAUAUCAAUUUAUAAUAUCCUGAAAACCUAGUUAUUUAUUUUUCUAUUAAUGAUCUUAUAACUGUUCAACCUCUCUUGGAUUUUUUGUAAUUUCCUCAACUUUUACAGUUUAUUGAUAUUAAGUCAAAUUCGGAAUAUUGCGAUGGAAAAUUUAAUGUUUACAAAUAAAAUUCAAGCUUGAUUAUCAAUCUUUCGUGCCAAAUAUUUUAAUGCUUAAUAUUUUUAUUCCUUAUUUUACUGUUUCGAUGGGUAAAAAGAGCUUUGUACAUAUCGAUAUUUUGUUCUAGAUACUUUUACUUUAUGUCAUCGUUAUCGUUAUAUAUAAAUCCAAAAAUUAUUUUAAAAAUUAGUUAAUCCUUUUAUAAAAUUUGCCUGGAGUUACUUAAAUUGGAAAAAUUUAUGUCUUUAUAAGGAUUGUAAAAAGCCUUACUACUCAAUGGUUGGGAUAUGAUAUUUAAAACACUAUUGUAUACACGAAACAUCUAAACUAAGAAUUACUUAGAUGCUGUACAAGUCGUUAUCGUAAUUAUUAUCCUUCUUCUUUAUUUUAACAUAUUACUAAAUUUUUUCAAAAGCAAUUAACAAUUAUCGAAUGUGAAUAGAAGUCUAAGGUUCGAAAUUAUAAGUUUUGGUCGAUAAUUUUUCUUUUUAUUAUUCUUGAUUUAUGUUUAAAAUUCGCAAAUACUCUAAUUAGGAUUGCUCCUUUUAACAAGCUUAAUAUAAACAAUGUUCCUUUAAAAAUAUCAUUUAACUUUUAACUAAAAGAACUACAUCGUUUAGAUGGUAGUUGAGAUAUCAGUAAUUGCUUUUAUACUUAGUUCAUUUUUAUACAUAUAAGAGUUUAAUGAAUAAUUUAAUCAAAAGAACAAAAUUUUAUUAGGAUGGUUUCAAGCAAUUCUACUAUCAACAGGCAUAAUUAUAGAAUUACUUUUAAUCUGUUAAGGAUUAUUAUAAAAAUAUAAAUUGAUGGGCAGAAGAAAGCAAUUAGUCAUUAAAAAUCCAUUAUUUAUAUGA